GUGUGCAAUUCCUCGUGAAUUCCAUUCCUUCGAUUAAAACCCUCAAAUCCCCCAUUGAAUUCGCUAGAUCUCACCCCGAGAUCCACGCAAUUUGUGGAAAUUUUCGUUUUUUUGAGGUUGGGAUUGAGCUGGGGAUGCGCGCAAACCCGGUUGUGUGAGGAAUUGGGUUGGGAUUUGGUGAAGAGAUGCAGGCAGAGUUGGGGAGAAGGAGUGGAGGGAUCCAGACCUCGGUUUCGGAGUCCAAUGGCUUUGUUUCGAUCUCUUUGCCAUUGAAUUCGGCUUCUUCUUUUGGGUACAUUGAGCAUAGGGUUUCCCGGAUGGAUACGCUUGCUGGUGUCGCGAUUAAGUAUGGCGUCGAGGUUUCGGAUAUUAAGAGGAUGAAUGGAUUGGUGUCGGAUCUCCAGAUGUUUGCUCAUAAAUCGCUGCAGAUUCCACUGCCGGGAAGGCAUCCGCCAUCGCCGGUCUUGGCUAAUGGCUCGGCGAGCGAUGGGGAACAAACUCCUCAUCAACAUCCUAAGGAUGGCCUUGAUUCUUUUCAAUCAAUCAAAUUGAAGCCACCUCCCAAGCGAAAAGUCACAGCCGCUAUGACCAAUCUGCAGGGAUACUAUAACCUUACACCAUCAAGGAAAGAGCCUCUGGCAGAAGGCACAGAAAUGGCUGUCUAUAAAACAAACAGGACUCUAUUCUUGGACGAUGAGUCCUUAACUAAACAUUCACCUGCUUCUGAUCCACUUCUGAACCAUCAUCGCAGGACUCAAAGUUUUGCUAAUGGUUUCUCACCUGAUAAUGGCAAUGCGGUUAUUAUUGACUUAGGAGAAAACAAUGAGUCUGAAAGGGCAAACGGUGAUAAAUUUGUCAGGAGACGUCAAAAAUCCGAUGCCGAUCCAUUUUCCCGAGUUCCAGAAUCACUACUGGAAGAUUCAGGUGGUGGGUUCUCUGGAAGAACAGGGAAAGGACUGGCUUUGAGACCAAAGGCUGGAAGCCGAACUGACAAUGAUGUCAACCGUGUAACUUCUAAUCCUUCCGGAGAUUCUUCCAUGGCUAAUGGUUUUUUAUUUGUCCGAAAAUCAUCUAGCACCUCAAAUUUACAAGAAUCUGAGAAUGGCUCCUCCGUUUGGCCUCCCUGGAACUUGAAGCCGGAAAUGAUUUCUAGGCCAAUUUUUGAUGGAUUGCCGAAACCAGUGAAUGUCCGCAGAAAUAAGGCUGCUGUAGAUUAGUUGCACCAUUUCAGCGUCUUCGAUCCAUUGAUCUUCUUUUACAAUAUCUGAUUCAUGAGAUUGUAUCAGCCAAUAUAUCUCAUUGGCGUGUUCGAUUGGGAAAUUGAAUAGAAAAAUAAAUUGAUUGAAGCAUCAGAAAGGCUGUCCACCUAUUACAGUGGAAGGUAAGCUACUGAGUGACUCCAAGACUUAUCAGCAACCCUUAAAUCAAAUUUUACAUGGGUUUUAUAGCUUUGCAUAUUUUUUAAGUUGUUCCAUUGUAAAGACAGAAAAAUGCACUGCUACCUGUAGAAGCAAAAGAAGUUGUGUUUUUGUAUGACCGAAUAUGAAUGACCUUGCAUUUGUGUUACAGAUUUUGUAUUUGAGAUCAUAAAGAGUAAAAUUGUGUUGAUGAUGAUAGGUUUUCAGUGUUGAUUCA